GAUAAGCUGAAGGUAUGACUUCAAGCUAGCUAUAUUAGUAAACGUGUAGGUUUAUCUAUUGUCCGUUUAUGGCAUUAAUUUCAGUCGUUUUACAACUCUUUCAAAAUAUGUUUCGAUAUUGAAAAAGUCUCUUUUAAAAUUUUUUUCUACGCUGUUCAAUACGAAUAGCCAAAAGAAGUAUUUGCGGCAUGUUAUGCUUCAUUGCUUUAAGAAAGGUAAUAGUGUAAAGGACACCGCAGAUGAAAUUUGCACCGUUUAUGGGAAUGAUACUAUGACUAUUAGAAUUGUCUGCAAUUACUUUAAGAAAUUUAGAGCUGGAAAUUUUGAUUUGAAAAAGAUGAAGACCGCAGCUGCCGCUCAGGAACGACGGAUACGGACCUCAUCAAGAAUAUGCUCGCUGAAAAUCCGCGAGAUAGUGGAUGCCACUAACAUUCCCAAGACAACGCAAUAUGAAAAAAAUCCUUUUUUAAAGAUGCUCGUCACUGGAGACGAGAUUUGGAUUUUAUAUCAAAAUGUGCAUUGAAAAUGCACAUUGGUCUAAGGAAAAUCGACCUUCAACCAUAAUGAAGCCAGGAUUUCAUCCAAAAAAAGUUCUUUUAUGGAUUUGCUGGAACUGGAAAGGUGUAGUAUAUUAGAUAGUUUCUUUCACAAGGUGAAACGAUCGUUUCUGUAAAAUAUUGCAAUCAACUCGAUAAAUUGAAAGCCGCCAUAGCCGAAAAAUGGCCACAAUUGGUGAACCGACGAGGAAAGCGAAAUAAAAACGCACCUCGAUGAAUAUUUUGCAAGUAAGUCUCGACAAUUUUGAAAAAAGGUAAUAAUUAGGUUUCCUGAGAGAUGGAAGAAGGUAACAGAGCAGAACAAUUCAUAUAUAACAGAGUAAAUCAACCUUAAAUAACAAAUAUUGUCUAUUGAUUUCGUAAAAAAAAAAAAAAAAAAAAAAAAAACUUAUGGGACACCC